UUUAUACUAAUUCUGACAACAACAAAAAUGAAUAGAAUUGGGUAACUAUUCAUACCAAAUGUAUUACACAUAAUCAUAGUGAAAUUAUGUCUGAACUGUUGUAUGUAGUUUGUAAGUGCAUUUGUAUUAGUGUAUUCAAAUACAAUAAUCCACAACCAACAUUGACUCACAACAUACAACUGAAUUGUUCACUGGUCUCUCUUUUUAUGCCAACAGAUGGAAAAGUCAUUCAAAUAAAUCAUAAACUUCGGAACACAAAGCAGCAACAAGGUGCAAAAUAGAAAAUAUUUGUAUGCUAAACUUAGCUCAUAUUUAACUAACCAAACAAAAAAUGCCGAAAUUCAUGCACAAGCAGGACACUCACACACAUACAUACAUAUAUAACCUAACCUAUAACAUUGUUUGUUAUCGACAGCAGAGUUCAUAUGAUGAAUUCAGACAUGAAGAGGGGGAGAGCAGUUCUUAUAAUGAAGUUAAUAUUCGUAGUCUGCACUGCAAUCAUGAACGAUGUGGCCACCGCAAAAGGCGAUCACGCAGAUCGUAUUUUGCCGCUGAAGAAGAAGAUGACGGUUAUCAACGGACUUGAGGGUAAUUUGCAGCUAACGGUACAUUGCAAGUCAAAGGACGACGAUCUUGGAGUUAGGGUGUUGGGACCGGGACAAAGCUUUUACUUUAAGUUCUGGACAUGCGUGUUUGCCUCGACCUUAUUUCAUUGCUCUUUCGAGUGGCCGGGAAGCGGCGGGAUUCAUCGGUUCGAUAUCUACGAUGAUCGGCACGAUUACCUGGAUUGCGCGUAUUGCGAACGACUUGUCAAACCAUCCGGGGUUUGUAAGUAUACUGGGCGAACUAAGAAAUUUGACAGGUGUUUUCACUGGAAAAAUGAGAGCAUGUGAGAAUAAUGAGUUGUAAUAUGUUCUGGACUCAAAAAAGGGAGGGGCUAAUUGUAGUGAUGUGUGUUUUCUGUCUUGAUAAAGAUAAUAAUAUGAGUUUGUGUUCAAUAAGCUGGAUUCCAAGUUUAUGGAGCAAACAUUAAUGGAAAGGGUUUGUGAAGCAAACAUAAACGUCAGUAUGAAAAAUGCUGAAGUGCAAAGAGACCCACCAAUAUUAUACUACGUAGCAAAUCAAAAAGAAAUUCAUCUAGGAGACAAAAUGAUACAAACCAUAGCAAGUCUCAUGACCAUGAAGUGUAGAGAAACAUAAUUGAAUAUGUAGAGUGAGUGAAGUCUAUCGUCAGGUGAGAAAACACCUGAUUUUGGGUUAUUCACGUCAUAUUUGUUGUAUUCAUCACGUCAUACUUGUUUCAUUCACGUCGUAUUUGCGUUAUUCACGUAAGUGUGUUGAUUAUUCACGCAACCAAUAUUGUAAGGUCACGCAACCUGAUGUUCAUUCACGUAUAUUGUUAAUUAUUCACGCCAUUGUAAAAUAAAAUUUUAAACUUUGA